UAAUGGAACCACUGCACUCCAUCCUGGGUGACGGAGAUACCUCGUCUUUAAAAAAAAUUAUUCUUGUUUAUUUCUGUGUGGUUGUAUAUUGCUUCUUGCUAAUUACCAUUUGCUUUGAGCAUUUGUGUGUGUGUGGUCUUUCAUCUUCUUUGAAAUAGUUUUUCAUCAUUUUCUCACAUUUUACCUGUUUGCAUGUUUAUUGCUUUUGUCGUUUGUGUGUGUGUGUUUUUGUCAAACACACUCCAAACACUAAUCCAUGUUCGUUUGUAAAGACUGUAAAUACUUUUUCCCAGGUUGCAUUUUGUUUUUCACUUCAUUCUACAAGUUGAUGGACAGUUCUUAAUUUUAGAACCGUCAAACUUGUCAGUCUUUUCUUUGGGGCUUUAUUUUCUCACAUAAGAACCUGAUAGAUAGGAGGGCUUGCUGAGCUCCCAGAGUUAACUCUUAGGGUCUCCGUGCCUCAUCACCAGGGAACAGUCCCCACUGAAGUCAGAGUCUGGCUUCCAAGCAUGAAAUAUAUUUAACUUUCCAAAUGUGGGUUUUCAUUGUGAACUGUGGGUGAAGCAGAGUCCUCUUCUGAGCCAGUUUAAACGUUUGGUUUUCUUCUCUUUUAAUUUCUGUAUAGACUGUUGCUGCCAUAUAACUCUAGUUUUUCCAUAUAUUUCAUAAAUUUAGUUCUUUGUCAGUGUCUUUUUAUUUUUUAUUUCUGUGGCUGAAUAUGAGCAGGUUGAGGAAUGGGGUUUGAGGAAGCCUUGGCUAUGGGCCGGCAGCCUCCUCCCAAAUUAAAAGCCUGGUCCGGGCAACCAUCCUUCCCUUAGGUCAGGAUGGCUCUGUUGGUCACUGAGUCUGUGCUUCCCUGUGCACACGUGGGAUCCUGUGUUCAGGAGGAAGAAGCAGGAAGAGUUUAAGGACUGCAGGAAGACGCAGGGCCCGCUGUGGAAAGCCAAGGCCAAGUCUGGCUUACAGGCGAAUGUCCCCUGGCUGGGGCCCUUCCCCCAGCUCUCAGGUGGAAGCCCUGCCUGAGUAGAGCUGUAGCCAAAAACCUGGGGUUCAGACCUGAUGUAGUCACAUGGUUGGUAGCAUCCCCUGUCACUCACAGAUGAAGGGGGCAGGGCCGGGAGUCCUGUACAGUCAGGGGCACUGAGUUGGGAACUGUCUAGUCAGCUGCACAGUCAGAGAGGAGGCAAUCUGCCUGGGCCGCUGUCUUUGUACCUACCCGCUGAGCUUGUGGUCUGAUCUCCGUGGCUGUUUCCUGGGCUCUGGGAAGCCCCAGGUGACUCUGCUGUGGUCUCUGUCACCUCGUGACUUGCAGGAACUGGAAGAGCCCUAGGAAGAAAUUUAGGAUACCCCAGAAGCCAGGAAUGGGCAGAGCCAGGCCUCCCAAGAAGUGGGCGAGGUGUGGGUAAAACCUGCUAGAAACGGCUGUGGCAGGACCCAGGCCGCCCUGCAGUCAGCUCCGGAGUCUGCAGCCCCUCCUGCUUGCUGGUGCAGCCUGGCCUCAGUAUCCCCUGGCUGUAGGGCGGGGACUGGGUCUGUAGUGGGGACCUGGGCAUCCUGCAAGGAUAACAGAAGGGUCAUCAGGGGAGAAUCCCUGCUUGCUGGGGCAGGGUGUUCAUGUGUGGGAGGAGCUUGUGGUUCCUGGGAUUCUCAGACCCUCCUUUCUCCUGUCAAAAAUUAAACACAGCACCUUUCCAUUUUCAAGAGUUUAUUUGAACAAACAGUGAUUCAUACAUCGGGGAGCACCUCGCCAUGGUUUGGGAUUUGAGGGAGCACCUGGCCAUGGUUUGUGAGUGGAGGGUCCACCAGAGGGGCCUGAUGGGAAGGCUUUUACAGAGUAGCUGAUUGGUUGCAGUUAUGUAGUCCUCUUAUUUGGACUAUUCCGUAGAUAUUUGCAGAGAUUAAUUGGAGGUUUGUGGUUGGUUAAACCUGAAUUUUCUUGUGAGUAAUUUACAAGAGUUGCAUUUGAGUUAGACUUCAUUAAUUCACAACAUUAUCCACUAUUUGUCCUUUAUUCUACAUUUCAAACACAGACAUAGUUUUAAUUGUUUAUUAUUUUUUCACUAAAUAGUAGAUGUUACUUUUUAAGAUUUGCUUUUUGGUUGUGAACAUUGCACAUGCGGGGGAAGCAGAGAAUCAUCUCCCACUCUUGCACUGUAAAUGAUCUAGUUGCCUCUCCUCUUUUUAUCUUCCCUAAGUGCAGAUACUUUAUCAGAAUGUCUUUGGGUUGAGGGUUGUUUUUGGAAACUACAACGGUGAUGUGGCCUCAGCCACCCUUCUGUCUUUUCAUGGUCCUGGGCUUCAGAACUGCCUGGUGAUGUCCCAGGAGCCCACAGUGGCCAUGACCCUGCAGCAUCCAGGGAAGCCAGACCAUGAGUCAUCUCCAAGGACAGAACUCGGUUGCCUUUGAGGAUGUGGCUGUGAACUUCACCCAGGAGGAGUGGGCUUUGUUGGAUCCUUCCCAGAAGAAUCUCUAUAGAGAUGUGAUGCAGGAAACCUUCAGGAAUCUGGCUUCCAUAGGAAACAAAGGGAAAGACCAGAGCAUUGAAGAUCAGUACAAAAAUUCUUCAAGAAAUCUAAGUUCAUUUCAGAUGCAUCAGAGAAAUCACACUGGAGAGAAACCCUAUGAAUGUAUGGAAUGUGGGAAAGCCUUAGGUUUUUCCCGUUCUCUUAAUAGACAUAAAAGGAUUCACACUGGAGAAAAACGCUAUGAAUGUAAGCAAUGUGGGAAAGCCUUCAGUCGUUCCAGUCACCUUCGAGACCAUGAGAGGACUCACACUGGAGAGAAACCCUAUGAAUGUCAGCACUGUGGGAAAACCUUCCGUUAUUCCAAUUGCCUUCACUACCAUGAGAGAACUCACACUGGAGAGAAACCGUACGUGUGCCUGGAAUGUGGCAAAGCGUUCAGUUGUCUCAGUUCCUUGCAAGGACAUAUAAAGGCUCAUGCUGGUGAAGAACCCUAUCCAUGUAAGCAAUGUGGGAAAGCCUUCAGAUAUGCCAGUUCCCUUCAGAAACAUGAGAAAACUCAUAUUGCACAGAAACCCUAUGUAUGUAACAGUUGUGGUAAAGGCUUCAGAUGUUCCAGUUCCCUUCGUGACCAUGAAAGGACUCAUACUGGAGAGAAACCCUAUGAAUGUCAGAAAUGUGGUAAAGCCUUUAGUCGUGCUAGUACUCUUUGGAAGCAUAAAAAAACUCAUACUGGAGAAAAGCCCUAUAAAUGUAAAAAAAUAUAAAGGCUUUAAUCACUACAGUUUUUGUCAAAAACAUGAACGAUCACAUACUUGAGAGAAACUCUGAAUGUAAGGUGUAGGAAAGUACUUAAUUUCCCCAGAUUUCUUCAAAUACAUGAAAGGAACCAAACUGGAGAUAAACCCUAUGACUAUAAGCAAUAAUGUAAAGCAUUCAGUUUUCCAUUUCUUUUUGAAAACUUGAAAGGACUCACUGAAGAAAAUGCGUAUGAAUGUGUAAAAUGUGGGAAGGCCUGCAGUUGUUCCAGUGGUAUCUGAUGGUAUAAAAUAACUCAUUCUAGAGAAAAACUUUAUGAAUGUAUCGAAUGUGGGAAUGCCUUCAUUUAUCCUAUAACUCACUCAGAGACACAUGGUAACACAUACUGCAGUUUGACCUUAUAAAGAAAAGAAUGCCCACCAGAUUGGAACCCUAGUAGUUUGGGAAAUACAGAAAAUUCUGAAUUUUAACAAUUACUUUAAAAGUCAUGUGAAAACUCCUACUGGAAAUAAAUCCUAUAAAUGUAAGUAUUAUGGAAAACCUUAUGUAAAAUAAUUAUAGUACAAUUCUCAAGAAAAUUCCCUAUGUGAAUGAGAUGUUUUAGGAGGAGAAUGAAAUAGCAGUUGCUAAUUUUUAAGAGUUAGAUUUUCACUUCUUUUGAAAAA